AUCUCUCUCUCUCUGUUUCUCCAAACCUCACCAUGAAUAUACUUAACAAGCUCGGUUUAAAAACCAGUACCAGUAGACAAACCAACACGGAACCUUCUCCGAUCGCACAGGGUCCUGACACCGACGCUCCGGCGCCGGGAAACCAGUUUGCUCAAUUCGCCGCCGGUUGUUUCUGGAGCGUAGAGUUAGCUUACCAGAGGGUUCCUGGAGUGACUCAUACCGAGGUAGGAUAUUCUCAAGGGAUCACGGAUAACCCUUCUUACGAGGAUGCUUGCUCGGGCACAUCGAACCAUGUCGAGGUUGUUCGUGUUCAGUAUGAUCCUACAGAGUGUAGCUUUGAGUCUCUUCUUGAAUUGUUUUGGUCUCGGCAUGACCCCACCACCUUGAAUCGUCAGGGAAACGAUGUGGGAAGCCAAUACAGAUCAGGGAUAUAUUACUACAACCCGGAGCAAGAGAAACUAGCACGAGAGUCACUGGAGCGUCAUCAGCAACAGGUGGACAGGAAGAUUGUGACAGAGAUCUUACCGGCUAAGAAAUUCUACCGAGCUGAGGAAGAUAACCAGCAAUACUUGUCUAAAGGAGGAAGGUUCGGACUCAAACAAUCCAGUGCAAAAGGCUGCAACGACCCAAUCCGUUGCUACGGGUGAAAAGCCUUGCUUCUUAUACGAAAAGCAGAGGAUUUUACUUUCACCUACCUAUAGAUUUUAGUUAGCUGCUGUGUGUAGAGAUUGCAAUUCUCGUUGAGAAUAAAGAAACUGGUGCUAGCUACUUAGUGUAUGUAACUUGUCGUGUUGAUAAAAGUUUGAGUGCUUAGAAAAUUUAUAGUAUUUUAUGGAUUGUUCUUCUUUAUUUUUGUUCCAAAGUUAUCUU